AUGCAUCAUCAUGCAUACGACUCGUCCUUCUCGUCUGAUAGACGUGAGGCGUACGGGAUGCCGCGCUCUUAUGGGCGCCCUCGUAGUCGGUCUUCACGGCGAUACGACGAUGAUAUGAGCUACCGUGAUGGAAAUUAUCGUUAUGGGAGGCAUGACGAAUCUCCCCGUAAUAGCUAUGACCUGGGCUACCACACUCGCUCUACUCCACGAACAACGUGGCCCGGAGAUGCCCGGCAAGAUGAUCCUCGUGAGCCACGGCCUCGACACGCAGAGCCCUAUGUCCGCGAUGACUCUUACAGGCGGUCACCCCCAUCCAGGUAUCACAAUGACUAUCGAAGGCGUUCACCACCGGCGAACUAUGUGGAUUCCCGUCCAGGAAGGUCAUAUUACCAUAGCUAUCAUAGGCGGUCGCCACCCACAGAUGACUAUCAUCAGUCCAGCUCGUGGUAUCGUGAUGAAGGUCCACCAAGAUAUCUCAACAGCGGGCAUGAUCAUCGCCGGCAUGGACCACAACAUCUGACUCCUGCGUCUUAUGGUGACUCGCAAGAACAUCGAGACGGUCGAAGCCGUUCACCAAGAACACGCGGAACGGACAUUGGAACCUCGCUGGACAGAAGCGAGAGAAAGAAUGCUCCAAAGAACGGGCGUCCUGGUACGGAUCGAAGGGAAGCAUUACGGGCUGGUGCGACACCCACCACGGCAGGAGAACGUAAAUGGCAGGCCAGUCACGUCAUACCAUUGCAAGAGUCCAAAGAGAAGGUGGAGUCCUCGAUUGCCACCCGGCCAGGGAGACAAACCGAUCUGAAGACAUCACAAAAGGAAUCGCCAGGUGUGAUGGCCACUGAAUCGUCAAGAGUUCGCAAAGAAGGUACAGAGGCAGCACCUAUCGUCGAUGCGUCGAUCACCAUUGCGUCAAAGAGCGAAGGGCAUUUGAGAGGGUCCCAGAAGAAAUCUGCCGACGCUAGAUCAGCUGCAUCAAGAACUGAUCGAGAAAAUGUUCCAGUCAGCGGGCGAGGGAGCGAUGGUGCUUUGAAGCCAACGGAAACCCCCCUGAGUCGCGAAGUCGAGGGCGAAGUGCCACGGUCUAGAUUGACAAAGGGUAUCAGCGAUAGCAUUCAGAAAUACCAACAUGUUGAAUCCCAUGGCGACAACACAUCUGAUGACUGCGAGGAUGGCGACGACUCGUCUGAUGACCGCGAGGAAAAGGAGCAAGCGUGGAUGACGUCUCUUCUCUGCAUUGAAGACGACGAUAUGGCAGUCGAUGAACUUGAGACUGAGCAUCACGAAGAUGAUGUGCCAGUAGGGGAUGGUGUUCCUACGUAUGAUGAUGACAGUCUUUAUGCUGACGCCCAAGACGACCGCUUCGAAGAGCUGUCUAAUAACAGUGGAGAUCAGACUCUCGAAAUGGUAGACCUUACACAAGAAGGGACGACACCACGACCAAGCACUAAAGCUGAUAACAAAGUACUCGCAUUACGUAUGCGAUACCAAGAGGAGAUCGCCAGACUCGAGAACGAAACUGUAUCCAACCGCUUCGCAGGCCCACUGGCUAAGAUUAUGAUACACUACCUAACUGAAGGUGUAUCUAAUCCACAGACAGGCAACGACGUAGACGACCUGUGGGACCGAGUCUGCAGUCUCGAAGGUCUUGAAUACAAGAUGACGGUGGAACAGUGGUAUAGUCUGUCGCUACCUAAACCAGAAGACAGGAUGCGGGCUGAUAAGAUCCGCGACUUCUGGUUUGACGAUUACCUUAUUAAUGAUUUAGUCUCCCUAGCUAAAGGGACUUAUGCCGCAGAUGCCUACUUCUUGGAUUCAUCGUUAUUAGUACGAUGGUUGGCGGGCGACCGAGACUCGGAAUAUCUUCUCCAGCAAAUCGAACGCGAUAUAGCCCUAUUUAAAGAGGACAGAACUUCUUCAAAGGUAGAUAAGAUACUGAAGGUGCUGCCUAAAGUACCAGAUCGUACGAUGAGAAUGAUCUUGCCAAUAUGUAAUGAUGGCCAUUGGUUUGUAGCUAUGUUGGAGCCCGCUGUUGCAAAGAUUACCAUCUACGACUCUCUUAUGGAUAAGAGCUGCUUUAAUAAGGCGAGAAAGGUGUUACCUGUGUUCGCCGAACUCCUUUCGCAUAACACGACGGUAUACAUGCCUAAGAAAUGGACGUUCGAGCAAGGGAUCUGUUCAAAACAAGUUAACGGGUACGAUUGUGGUGCCUACACAGCCUGGCAUUGUCGACUUCUUAUGCAGAAGGCAGACAUCGAGGUCGUCUUUGGUGUUGAAUCAGAUAUCUUAGGCAAUAAUCUUCGAUAUCAAUACCUCGAAGAGUUAUACCCAAGAUUAUUUAGCGGCGUGAGGAUCGAGGACGAUCCUGAUCUGCGCACUACCGCCUCGAAACUGCCAAAAGGUGGCUUUGUUAAUGGUCAGGGAGUUACGUCGCAUGCUACGACGCAGAACCCUAGUCAAUCUCAUGCAAAUGCGAUUCAGCUUAACAACCAGCGAUACGACGCCAGAAACGCAGCCGAUGAGCGAGCCAUAGAGAAGCUAUACGAUCUUGCCGAAAAACAGGUCUGGCUGGGACUUCCUAAGCCUACUGCGACCGUGCUUACGCGCAUACUCGACAGAGAUUUUGGCGGCCGCAAUGGCAAUAUUACAGCGGUAAAGAAACUUGCUAGCCCCUCUGACGACUUACAUGUUCAUCUCCAACGUAAGGAGAUCCCAACGAUGCUAGACGGCCGCUGGUACGGAGACAGUAUCGUAUCAGCAAUUGUGAGUAGCCAAUUCCUACAGAACAGCAUAACGGACACCCAAGUUGCAGACCCCGAGGAGGUCGAUCGAUUGCUGAAUUGCACCGAUGAAAUGUUAAGGACUAACGAGCUUGGAAUAAUGUUCACUAUGUCAAGAGAGGUGCGACGUAUAUUGUCAAUCAUCAACGUGGACAAUAUGCACUACGUCGCAUUUGAAGCUGAUAAGAACACAUACUGCAUCCGCAUUUGGGACAGCUGGGAGCAGGAUGACCCGGAAGAUCAAGAUCGAUUCUGCGCAUCCGUGGAGGGGCGCAUGUUACGGUUAUUUAACACCACAUGCUCCAACGAAGCUAUUGACGACUCCUGGAGCGUCACAGCCGGACAAUGGCGAUUGGGACAGGCUCGCAACAACCAAGUUCCCUUAACCAUUGAUGUACCAACCUCGCGGUACAGAAAUGCUGUUAGAAUCGAUGCUCUCUUAGCCGGGACACUUGCGUGGGGUCAACCCGAUCCAUUUGCCGCCGAACUUAUCCAGGGCGAGGAUGAGACGAAUACGAAUCCACCAAAGACUAUACAUAACUUCGGUCCAAACCUACGCAUUGGAAUGCAGAUGAUGCAAAAGAUUGAUGAUGCUCUCGAGGCUGCGAAGAUUGCAAAGAUACACGGACCCAUCGACGUUAUCGAUGCUAUGCCAGAGUUCGAGACGGCGAUAUCGUACAGAGAUGCUACGAAGGCUAUAGUCGAUGAUCGUCCCGAGGAGAAUCUAACGACUAAUGAUGUAUGUGACAAGUAUGAGGUGUUCUACAAACACCUAUACCCUGACCGUCCUCUAGCUCAAGGUUGGCGAGGCAAGCUGCUUAGAGCUAUACGAGCGCGAACAACGGUACUGCAUGUAGAUCCUAGCACUGACGUUGUCAAGAUGGGUAUAGGUGCUGAAGCUCCUACGAAAGCUGCCUUGGCGUUUUACGGUAAAGGCAUGGAUGAGGUGCUCAUGCGAACUAGUGGCAUGACCGACGACAUUGACUAUCGAUCGGACAUAACUAUCGUCGUGAUAAGACACAGCGGGAUAGACAAGAGUUUGGAGACAAGGCCAGGCCAUUGGAAUAUACACGAUACGAUGGAUGAGAUAGCAGAGAAGAAUCUCGAGUACUACUGGACUGUACACGGGGGUACACCAGACAAGCCGAGACGGGUAGCGGAUGUCGACGACCCUGAUUUGAGUGAGCCAAAGAAUCUCGCUUGGUUUUACAAAAUCAUACGCUCAAGCUGUGCACCUGCAUUGAAAGGAAACAAUGGCUCAGCUGAUGGAAAUGACGAUGAUCUCAUCAAGAUCCUGGACAAGAUGGACAAUUUUGGUGAAGAUCGAGAUGUCAAGACUAAAGUGACAUUCCUCGUAGCCGGCAUCGAUGGCUGGACAACAGACGCUGACAGUUUGCGAGAUCUUGUAGACGGCUUUCCUAACAUAGACUUUAGACUAACUAUGGUCAUGCCAAUUGAUCGUACAGUUAGGCUGAGCCAUGUGUUUAAGGCUCGGGGACCCUUUAGCUGGGCACAUUUCAAGCUAGAUCUAGUCUUUGAGAUCGCGGCGAGAAUGAGUGAAGACAGAUCGUCACUACUGCCAUGGCAGUUCCCCGACCAGUAUGGAUUGACAUUCGUACUUGAACGUGCCAACAUCACCAAACUUGCACGCCAUGAUGUAAGUAUUUCCCAAAUGCCCGAGGACAGUCAUGGGGAGACGAUUGGACAUGAGAUCACUACGGGUGUUUAUCGCCAUUCGUUCAAUUUUCCAGCUGAUGUCAAGGAAUGCUGCAAUUGUGGAAGUGAGACAACCAAUAUUGCUUGGCACAGGGGACCGGACAACGAGGCAGACGUCUUGUGUGAUGCGACUGCUUGUUUAGGGGACGCUGAGUUUAUUGGCCGAAAGGAUCCCCCCACAGAGUCGGGGACAGCCACACAGCAGGGCAUAUCCACGGGUAGGGCUACACGCAAGAGGAAGGCUGAUCAAGAAGACGACAACGACCAAUUGGGUGUUAGCGCAGUGGACACUCAAAACAACACCAUGAACAAGAAAGAUGGCAAGGUCAAGCGCAGCUACAAGCGACCUGUGUCGAAGAAUGGACCAGUGAAAUUGAGGAAGACGUGUACCAGCUGUUACCUUUGGAAAAUUCGUUGUGAUGGAGGUCAUCCGAAUACUUGUACUAAUUGUGCCGAUAGGGGUUUACAGUGCGUGUAUCAUCCCGUGGGCACAAUGGACUCCAAGCGCGAUGAGAAUGGUGUUCCUAGAUAA